AUGGCCACAGAAACAGUCGAACCCACGAUACAUGAACACGAACCGAUAAGCAAUCCCAUAGUCGUGCCUAAAGUACAACCCGCAAAGUCUGGAGAUGUCACUCCGUCUUCUGUGCCGGAUACAGAAUCUACUACCACGAAAUACAGCACGAUAAGCUCUGAAGAAGAUUUUUCGUCCCCGGACUUGGGCCAGCCGAACCGAGAUUUGCAGCUAGAUGAUUUUGAGCUUAUAAAGACAUUGGGAACGGGAACCUUUGCGCGUGUCUGGCUUACACGCUUGAAGAAUAACCCUAAGAAAGACGAUGUCUAUGCUUUAAAAGUCCUGCGCAAAGCAGACGUGAUCAAGCUCAAGCAAGUCGAACAUGUUCGCAAUGAGCGAAGAACAUUAGAUGCAGUGGUCGGAUACCCAUUUAUCACAACUCUGAUCACCACAUUCUCAGAUGAUCAAUCUUUGUAUAUGCUGUUGGAUUAUUGUCCCGGCGGCGAAAUAUUCAGCUACCUACGGCGCGCGCGCACAUUUAGCGAUGCAACAGCCAAAUUUUACGCCGCAGAAAUCACAUUAACCAUAGAAUACCUCCACGACGUUCAAGGCGUCGCUUACCGAGAUCUUAAACCAGAGAAUAUAUUAAUCGAUAUUGACGGCCAUAUCAAACUAGUUGACUUUGGAUUCGCAAAACAAGUGGGCAACCGUGAAACGUACACCCUCUGCGGAACACCAGACUACCUGGCGCCAGAAGUGAUCCAUAACAGCGGCCAUGGUAUCGCAGUCGACUGGUGGGCAUUGGGAAUCCUGAUUUAUGAGUUUCUCGUCGGACAACCACCCUUCUGGGACCAGAAUGUCAUGCGUUUAUACGAACAGAUCGUCGAAGGCCGCCUUCGCUUUCCGCACAGCAUGAACAUGGCAGCGCGUGAUAUAAUCUCCCAACUCUGCAAAACAGAUGUGACGCAACGCCUGGGCCAUAUCCAAGGGGGAUCGAAACGAGUCAAAUCACACCCUUGGUUUGACAGUGUGAAUUGGGAUGACGUCUACCACCGACGUGUCAAAGGACCUAUUAUCCCACGCGUAGAACAUGCGGCUGACGCAGCGAAUUUCGAGGAGUAUCCGCCUCCACCGGAUUCGGACCAGUUAGAGCCGUAUACGAAUGAUAUGAGGAAAAAGUAUGAGCCGCUUUUUGGUGAUUUUUGA